AUGUCAGCCAUCAAAGGUGCCGUUGGCAAAGUGGGUCAUGGAAUCAAGAAGGUGUUCAGCCAUGACGACGACACUGUCGUCCUUGACGUCAAGGAUAUAGAGGAGAACAGUGGUGGGGUACGCGUGUACGACUGUACGACUCAAGGCAAAGAACAUGAUGACGCUAUGAAACAAGAGGAGCUUGCCGAACCGGAAAGAAUGGAUGACUAUGCGAGAAUUGAAAACGACAACCCUCUCUUCACCAGUUUCGCUAGGCAAAAAGAUAAAAAGGAGCAUGGCCACUUUUAUUCACCAAAAGAUGACCAAGGAAUCUAUCGUGAAAAUAUCGGCAAAGGAACCAAGCCGUUACAGGAAGGAUGGUUAGAACACACUCACGGACCCCUUUUUCUGGCGCCUGAGUUCACUGAGGAGCUCGAAAACCAGGAGGAAUUGACUAAACUUGCUACCCCAGGUAAUUUGAAACAACUGGAGUAUCUGGGGAAACCAAAAUCCGAAGUUGACUGCAAAGAGGCCCACUCAGCAAAUCGACUGGUGUUUAACAAAUCAGGGAUUGAUUCCGUGCGUCAUGAAGAAGAGGAAGGCACCUACGUCCACCAGGACAUGGCUGACUUGUCUCCGUCCCUGUCAAGACACCGUCGGUUUGAUAUGGGUGAAUGGCGAGACGAUUGGAAGGGGUGGGACCCCCUCAACAAAGUGUCGGGUUACAUGCCUAGUAUGCCAAAACCUGAUCUUGGGCUCGGCAAUUUGGGUAAGGAUAUCGGUAAAGAGAUGGGAGGUUUCAAGGACCACAUCAAGCGACCGCACGUUAAACUGCCAAAAGUGUCACCAAAACCUUCUAAUUGA